AUGUUUCGUACAAAAUAUCUAUUCUAUUUUAUUCUCAUACAUUUCAUCAUUGCUACACCUCAAAUCAACCUUCAUUUUACGGAUUUGACCAAUGAAAAUGAAAGUAGUGAUGUAUUACAACAUAAUUGCUUGCGUGUUGCUGCUUUUAUGGGCACAUCAAGAUUGGAUCGUGAAAUUAUAACUUAUUGUAUGAAUGAUUUGCCAUCGAAAUUUGAUAUUGAAAAUGAUAAUAUCUUUCCGAAGUUUAAGUUUAGUGAACUUUCACAACAGAAUAUUACUAGUCAACAAUUAUACAUAUGGUCAGCACCAAUCGAUAUUAUUGAACGUUAUCAGUUUUAUUUAGAUCAAUUAUCAGCAUCGUAUGAUAAGUCUAUGGAAACACAAGUUUUCUACAAUUGUACAUUACCAAGAUUUGGUCCUAUGUGUCAAUAUGAAAUGAUUGUUUAUGAGCAAAACUACAUGUCAUUGUAUGAUAUUAUUGUUGGUUAUUAUCGUGCAUAUGGAUAUAGACCAACCAAAUUGACUUGUUAUACGCAUUUAGAAUGUAAUCGUGGCUCUUUCUCAGCAUGCUUAGAUUGGAGUGACAUUUGUAAUGGAUAUGUAGAUUGUGUCGAUGGUGGAUCUGAUGAAGAACAUUGUUGGCAACUUGAAAUCAAUGAAUGUAAUGAUAAUGAAUAUCGAUGCCAUAAUGGACAAUGUAUACCAAGGGAAUUUUUCAGAGAUGAUACUGGAUCUCCUGAUUGUAUUGAUAGCUCUGAUGAAAUUUUAGAACUUUCUCAACAUGUUUACCAAUGUACAAUACAGCAACCGUCAUUUGAAUGUGAAGAAAAAACAUUAAAUAUCGAUGGAAAAAAUGAAACAGAUGAAACAGAAUGUGAACAAUGGCCCUGUAAGAAUAUCUAUACUCAUUGUGAUGGAAUAUGGAAUUGUCCAAAUGGCGCAGAUGAAAUUGGUUGUUAUUUAUCUCCAACACUAAAUUGUUCUUCAGAUCAUCACAUAUGUAUUGAACCUAUCACACAUGAACUUAUGUGUCUUCCUAUUACGAAAGCAAAUAAUGGUGUGAUUGAUUGCCUUGGUGCUACUGAUGAACCAAAAUUAUGUCAAAGAGAUUACCAAGAAAAACAGCAACCUAAAUAUUUGUCGUUAAAUGCAUCGAGAGAAGUCGUCGAAAAUCACAAUGAAAAUAAAGUCAACUCUGUCAAUUCACGUUCACCAUUCUUUGAAAUAUAUCCUCAACGUGAGUAUGAAUGUCAUCGUGGUUUAGGUUUACGUGUCUGGUUAAACGAUACAAAGAACUUAACAACAUAUGCAUGUCUUUGUCCACCAAGUUUUUAUGGUGAACAAUGUCAAUAUCAAAAUCAACGAGUAAGCUUGACUAUUAAAUUUCAAACAUUAUCAGAUUCUUUGUCAACAUUAUUUGCAAUAAUUAUUUCGCUUAUUGAUGAUAGUGAAGAAAGAAUUAUUCAUUCACAUGAACAAUUCACUUAUUUAUCGUCAAGGGAUUGUAAAGUUAAAUUUAAUGCUUAUCUUCUCUAUUCAACCAGGCCAAAAAAUCAAACAAAAACUUAUCUAAUACAUAUUGAUAUUUAUGAAAAAUUUUCAUUGAAUUAUCGCGGAAGUUUAUUAUUUCCGAUAAAAUUUCCAUUUUUACCUGUUUAUCGUCUAGUAUUAAUAGCUGUUAUUCCACGGAAGGAUGCCAAAUAUCCAAGAUGUUCGAAAUCUCAAUGUGUUCAUGGCAAAUGUAUGAUUUAUUCAAAUCAACCAGAAAAUGUUACUUUUUGUCAAUGCAAUCAAGGAUGGUCUGGACGCUUCUGUACUAUUCCACAUACUAGUAUGUGUUCAUCUGAUUCUAUAUCUAUUGGUUUAUCUGCUUACAAUCGAUCUAUAUGUGUUUGUCCUAUAAAUAAAUUUGGUCCUUGCUGCUUGCUUAUUGAUAGUAUUUGUCAAACAAAUAAUAAUUUAACAUGUCAAAACGGUGGUCAAUGUAUACCAAUGGAUGAGUAUACAGAAUCCAAUCAAAAAUUUCUAUGCAUCUGUCCUAAAGGUUAUAUUGGAGAUCUAUGUGAACUAAUUGAUAACAAAUUAAUUAUUAAAUUUGAACACGAUGUUGCUUUAUCUCAAACAAUAAUGAUUCAUUUCAUUAACAUUAUUAGAAAUGCUGCACCGAUACGGACAACGACUCUUCGAACAAUGCCUCUUACACAAAUUUCACUUACAAUUUAUUGGUCAAGGCCAUUUCAUAUUGUUUUUGUUGAACUUCAAAAUAAAAUUUAUUAUUUAGCAGUCGUUCAAAAAACUUAUCAAAGAUCAAUAACAACUACAACAAUUAUCAAUAAGUCAGAUCGUUGUCAGCAUAUUAAUGAAUUGUUCAAUGAAACAUUUGUUAAACUGAAUCUUCUUCGUCGUAUUAAAUAUUAUCAUCUACCAUGUCAAAACCUAUCAACCAAUCUAACCUGUUUUUAUGAUAAUCUUCAUCUUUGUUUCUGCUAUGAUUACCAACAACAACGUUUAGCUAAUUGUUUUAAAUUUAAUCAUGAUAUGAAAUUUGAUUGUUUUGGUCAAAGUGUCUGUGAAAAUGAAGGUAAAUGUUUUCAAGACACUCCCGAUUGUCCACAACGAGCAACAUGUAUUUGUUUACCUUGUUUUUAUGGAGCACGAUGUCAAUUUAUUUCAACAAGAUUUGGUCUAUCACUUGAUGCUAUUUUAGGUUCAUCGAUUACGACUUUGUUUACAACAAUUAUAUUUGGAUUGAAGUUUUGGAUACUUCUUCUUGCACAAAUGACAAUUAUAUCAAAUCCUCUAUUUUUACGUAUUCAAUGUAUAUCUCUUGAUUUUCUUUUAAGAGUUUUUCUUAAUAUGGAUCAAUGGUUAAAUGCAUGCAUUGCUUUAGAACGAGCAAUAACAACAUUAAUGGCUGCUGGCUUUGAUAAGAAGAAAAGUAAACAAAUAGCUAAAAUUGUUAUUAGUAUUCUAAUUAUGUUUAUGAUUGGUACAAAUAUCUAUGAUCCAAUUUAUCGACGUUUAAUUGAUGAAGAAAAUGAAGAUGAGAAACGAACAUGGUGUAUUGUUACUUAUCCAUCGAGUUUACAAACAUUCAACUCUUUUAUGCAAACAUUUCACUUUUUAGUACCAUUUCUUAUUAAUCUCAUAUCAGCUGUUAUUCUCAUAAUAAAAAAAUCUCGUCAACAAUCAAAUGUUCGACCUAAUCGAGCUUAUAAACAAAUAUUAAAACAACAAAUUCAAAAACACAAACAUUUAAUUACUGCUCCUGUUAUAUUAGUUAUUCUUGGAAUACCACGUUUAGUUAUUUCAUUUAUAUCACAAUGUAUGAAAUCAACGAAUGAUGCAUAUUUAUUUAUUGCUGGAUAUUUUGUUUCAUUUAUUCCACCUAUGGUUACAUUUCUUGUAUUUGUAUUGCCAUCAGAAUUUUACAAAAAACAACUUUAUGCUUCUCUCACUACUUUUCGAACUACAAUACAACGAUAUUUACAACGUAUCAGAUAA